CUCUCUCUCUCAGUCUGUUUUAAGAAGCAAUGCAGUACGAGUGAGCUCUGAGUGCAGCAGGAUCCACAGCCUCAGUGUCAGGCGCUCUGCAGCAUGCAUCAAGAAACACUUCAUCCACACUUUCUGCUCCACGGGAUGUGAGUUCAGAUAAGUGAUCAGGAUGGUAGCAGAGGCCUGGACUGAUGAGGACAGACCGAAGCGAUGGAGGAGACAACACCAGACCCUGCUUUUGUGGAUGUGGACCAGGGUCUGACCCUGGCAUGCAUAGCCUUCCUCUGUCUACUGCUGGUGGCAAUGAUCAUCCGCUGUGCCAAAGUCAUCAUGGACCCCUACAGCGCCAUUCCCACGUCCACCUGGGAGGAGCAGCACUUGGACGAUUAACAGAUCCGAGUCUGCACCAACACCAUGUUUCAACCAGUACAAGAUGACUAGAGAUAUUUAAGCUGCUAGUCAUCAACUGCUUUAAGGACCACAAAGUUUACUAAGCUGAAGACAUCUUUAUGGAAACUGAAUUUAAUUCUUUGCAGUUAACUCUAUCAAAGAAAUCAUGAAUCCUGAAAUGACACCCAAUGAAACCACUCCAAAACCGAAAGCGCACAAGGCCAGAGAACCAGACCAAACAAACCAAAAUCAGACACUUCUAAACCACACUAACCUGAUGCUCUGUUCUCACAACCAAUGCACCCUGAAUUUAUAAUAAGAAACAUGGGAGCAAAUUUAUACUUUUAUAUUACAUAAUGAUAUACACACCUGAAUACACUUCUAGCUAAGCAAGCUAAAUUUUGUAUGCAAACAAAGCUGCAUUCUUAGCAUUGCCACAAGGGGUGCAAUAGCAGACAUGAACUUUCUUCUACUGUCAAUCUUCUCUUACUUAUGGUGGAGCAAAGUUAGUAAACAGUAAACAUGUUUAUUAGACAUUCACAUUUGCAGUUAACUAUCGCCCCCUUGAGUAGCCUACUUUGUAAUCACCCCUACAAGUACAGUUUGUACAAUGGAACUGCAUACUUGCAAUUCAUUGAUGAAGCGUUCACAUUUACAUUGUUUUUGAUCUUAAUUGUGAUUAUAUUUUGCAAGACGACAAAACCUUGACUGAAUGCCUUGGGGCAAAAUACUUAAGAUGAAAAACACCACAAACUGUUUCAUUCAUCUUGAUGUUGUUUUUACAAGAGCAUCUGUCUCUUUCAAUCACAGUCUGAUUCCCUGAUGUGAUUUGAUUUUGUUGUCUUUGAUUAAGUGUACGCAUUUGCAGAGAGCUAUAGUCUGCACUGCAUGAUGUCAAGUGCCUCAGCUGAAGUCAUAAAAAUGAAGUAAUGAAUGUAUCUUUCAUUCACGGGCACAAAGAAAAAAUGCCAAUGUGUCCUGUCUGAUGAGAAAAUGCAAUUGUGCUACAUGUCUGUUCUGAACCACAAUAAAGAUUAUAUUGAUUCCAAUAUUGUGGUAAA